GGCUUUGACUUGAUUUCAUACGAAGCGUAUACGUCAAUUGGUCCAGAUGUGUGUCGCAUAUGGAUUGGCAAUGCGUGCAAUUUCUGUUUACACAAUGUUAGUGACCCUCUGGAGUAUUGGUGGACAAUGGAUAUUUCCGGAUAAAUUGCACACCGAAUUCACUGAUAUUAUCAACAAACAAUGCGGAGAGAUACCCUACAGUGUUAGAGCACGCCCAGUUUUUGGCAGAGUAUAUGAAAAUCCUUGGCUCGUAUUAUUACGCCAUCCUGAAGAAACGUUGCAUUUUUGCCACGGGACACUUAUUAGCAACAGAUAUGUGCUUACAACGGCAAUCUGUGGUGGGAAUGUAGUGACUAAUGGAAACGUCACGGCACUCCAGCAAGCAACUGAGAUUGUAUUAGGUGAAUAUGAUCUUAGUACUGCAACGGAUUGUAUAACUACAUGGAACUGUUCGUUGCAAACUACUCGAAGAUCUAUUGAUAUAGUGAAGAUUCAUCCUAAUUUUACUACUAGUUUUUAUGAAAACGAUAUCGCGUUACUUUUUAUGAACGCCUCGGUACAGUUCGACAACAAUAUUCGUCCAAUAUGCUUGCCGUUUGUAUCCAUAGUAGAUAUUACUGAUGUGCAGCAGCAGACUAUAUACAAUACGAUUUGGUCUAAUGACAGCAUCCCGAGACAAAUUUGGAUGCGUAACGUUCCUAGAGAAAUUUGUCGAGAACAGAUAAAGAAUCUGUUUGCUUUAACCGAAGGUCAUCUAUGUGCCCGAAUCUAUGGUAAACAUUCGGUUGAUAUGAAUGGGAGUGCCGGUUCUGCAUUGCAGGUCGAUUAUCAUGGUCGCAUUUUUGAGUACGGGCUACUAUCGGUUGGAUUUCCCAACGAAACUGAUGCAGCGCCUUAUUUAUAUAUCGACAUAGCAAAGUAUAUAAACUGGAUUCAUGAAUCUGCGUCCAUGUAGAUUGAUAAAACCACAAAAAACAGUUUAAGAGUCAAUAAGGUAAACAUAAAUCUUUGUAUCGUUGUAAAAAUUGUGUUCCGAAGAUAAAUGAAAAUCUUUGUAAAGAUGUUUAAAACAGUCCGACUCUGAACAAUACUAUCUAUACCAGCGAUCGGCAAAGUCCGGCCCAUGGGCCACUAUCGCAACAUUCAAUCAAGCCCGCAAAAGAUUGGAAGAAACUAUUCGUUUACAAAUUAUUGAAGAUCUUUUUGUGCAAUAUUUUAUACUAUCGUACUCUUUACAGUUUAAUACUAUGGACUAUGGAAUGACGCACCGUUUAGUACGUUCGAACAAGAGGUCAAUAUCUCCGUAACAUUUGAUGAAAAAAUGAAUUUUGAAUGAAUCAAACGAAUGAAUAGAAAAACAACUAGGAGAAAUAAUUACAUGAUUAAUUUUCAAGAUAAUUUUUAAUCUUACUUGCACAAAUAAAUAUAAGACUUAGCGAGUUUCCUUUCGUAAUUUA